CAUUGAACUAGACUGUACUCUUAGCAGCAGUGCUAGGCAAGUCGUCGAAAUGGCUGCGUUUCUGCGAUACCUACAAUUUCCUCGUUGUGUUGUCCGUUUUUCUGACCGUGAUCUGUAGACCCUCACCUGAAAACGUUUACGGACAACAGAAGAUAUUUCAGAUAAGCCAUAAUGGCUGAAAACUUAAUUUCUCAUGGUAUCGUAGAAGAUCAAGAUGGAGAGAAUAAAAAUACUGAUGACUCCAAUCUCCAAGUGGAGCUCAAUGUGUUCAGGGCUCAGUGGAUGUCUGAACUGAAGCCCAGCUCUGGGCCCAGUGGGGGGAACAGAGGGGUGCUGUCGCGCGCUGCAGACCUGAGAAGGAAACAGGAACUGGCCCGGGAGGAAAAAGCCAGAGAGUUGUUUUUAAAAGCUGUCGCAGAAGAGGAGAAUGGAGCUGUUUACGAAGCAAUUAAGUACUAUCGCAGGGCAAUGCAGAUUGUCCCUGACAUUGAGUUCAAAAUCAACUACAGUCGUUCUCCGGACCCAGAUGGUGGCAAUGAGAACGACAUGGACGGUGAAAUAGAGGAUCUACUGGCUUACUUCCACCAGCAGCUAACUCUGCAAGACAACUCCCUGAAGAUAUGUGUUCCUGAGGUGGAGGUGACGCAAAUGCACAUAUCAGCCCUGCCCCCAGAGGUCUUGAUGUAUGUCUUCCGUUGGGUGGUGUCCAGCGAUCUGGACCUGCGUGCCCUGGAGCAGCUCUCCCUAGUCUGUAGAGGCUUCUACAUUUGUGCUAGGGACCCAGAGAUUUGGCACUCGGCCUGUCUGAAAGUGUGGGGCAGGAGUUGCACCAAACUGUUGCCCUUCAACUCCUGGAGGGAGAUGUUUCUGCAGAGGCCACGUGUGCGCUUUGAUGGCGUCUACAUCAGCAAAACAACAUACAUCCGUCAGGGGGAGGAGUCCCUUGAUGGAUUCUACCGGGCGUGGCAUCAGGUGGAGUACUACAGGUAUCUACGCUUCUUCCCCGAUGGCCAAGUCAUGAUGCUGACCACACCCGAGGACCCGCUGGUCACCGUUCCUCGUCUGCGUAGCAGGAACACCAGGGUCGAGUCCAUUAUGUGUGGUCAUUUCCGUCUGCUGCAAGACACAGACAAUCAAACCAAAGUCUUCGUUGUGGUCUCCAAGAGAAAAGACGAGAAGGUGGCAGAGUACCAGAGAAACUCUCGGUUCUGCAGGCGGAACCCAGCGGUGCCCGAGACGGAGCACAGCUUUCACGUGGGUCUGCAGUUGUCCUCCGGGGGGCGCCAGAGCUUUAACAAGCUGAAUUGGAUCCACCAUUCCUGCCACAUCACCUACCGAUCCACCGGAGAGACUGUUGUCACUGCCUUCGAUUUGGACCAGAUGUAUGCAUCUUUCUACUUUGCACGUGUGAAGAGCUACACAGCUUUUUCUGAACGCCCACUGUAGGGAAGCUGAGUGAGACAUGUCACUAACGAAGUGGCGUAGCUACCACAGAAGUUUACACAAAACCUAUGCUGAAUGCAAAUCUGUCUGCCUGUUGGCUAUGGGCUGAAUAAGGAUUUUUUUAUGAAUGUAUACCAAUCAACUUGCAUCUGCUUCUACUGUUGUAAUGUUGCCACUUGGUUCUACUAUGGUUAUCCCAGCAAAUCAAAGUUCUUGGGCAGAUUUUACUUUUUAAAGACUGCAUAGGUGUCCGGUAUAAUUACUUAAAAUUGCGUUAGACUUUUCACCAACAAUUACUGUUUUCACGUUGUUUGAUAAUUCUCUAGUAAGCGAUUUCCUCCAAUCUGGUAUCUUGACUGGAAUAAACAAAAGUGGGAAUUCUGUUGUUUUA